AUGUGGCCAGACGUCGAUGAGGGAUCGAUCAAAUGGGAGCUCGUCGAGGUUCUUGAACCGCACCAAGUUGUCUCCGUUCGCUGCUCGGAUAUGCCAUACCAAUCGGGCAACGACAUAGCACAGGUCACUGUGCGUAUGCACACAAAGCAAAAGUUGGCGCUCUAUGAUCGAUUCGGAAAAUUGAUUUUGGGCUCAGAAACGCAGCCGCGUGAAGUUGUCGAAUACGUGGUGUUUGAAAACCACAUUGCGGUCGUCGAUGGAACGUGGCGGUUACACGACAAGGUUUAUCCCAGAUGGAUCAAGCCCAAGCAGCCAGUCGUCAAUACUGCUCUUUUGGAAGAAGUUCAAGACGAAAAAUCCCGUCCAUCGCGUUCAACCCCUGUUCAACUACGCAUUGCCGACAACAUUGAAAGGGAGAAAAAGGCUAAACCUGAGGAAACU